UCAUCAUAAAUCAUAUUUUAAUGUUUAUGUAUGGCACGUAUUUAAUGAUCGAGGUUUAUAUAAGCCAAAUGAAGAUGUACAUAUAAAAGGUUAUGUUAGAUUAUUGAAAGUAGAAAGUGAAGCAAAAUUACCAUCUUAUGCACGAGGUACAAUUGAUUAUACAAUUAAAGAUCCGCGUGGCCAAAAACUUGAAGAGUCAAAAGUGAGAUUGAAUGAUUAUGGUGCAUUUGACAUAAAAUUUAAAUUACCUGAUAAUGUUAGCUUAGGUAAUGGCUCUAUAUAUUUCAAUUUACCGGAUUUAGCAACUAAUACAACACAUUAUUUUAAAGUUCAAGAGUUUCGAAAACCAGAAUAUGAAGUUUCAUCAAUGCAUCGACCAACAAUACCACAUUAUUGUCAUUCAACAACUGAUGAAUAUGUUAUAGUUACUUGUGAAGGAAAAUUGUUUGCUGGUGGUUAUUUAAAUGAUGCAAAUGUUCAAUGGACAGUUAAACCUGAAACAACACAAUUUACACCACCAGAACGAUCUGACUAUACAUUUGGCAGAGCUGAGCAAUUCGUUUGGCGAUAUCGUUAUAAUAAUUCUUCUCAGACUCAGAAUAAAAUAUCAUAUCCAGCAGAAACUUUUCAGGGUAAAACAAACAAUAAAGGUCUACAUGAAAUUAAAAUCAAUUAUCAUGGUAUUGAACAAGAGCCCAGAACAACAGUUGUUCGUGCAUUAGCAGCCAUUACUGACUUAAAUUAUCAAACACAAGAAACACAAACAGAGUUUAUCAUACAUCCAUGUACAUAUUAUGUUGGAUUUAAAUUAAUAUCAAAUUAUGGCAAGAAAGAUAAACCUGUCCAAACAAAAGUCAUUGUAACAGAUAUUGAUGGAAAUUUAAUUGAUAAUGUUUUGAUUGAGUGUAAGGUAAUUGGAAAUGGUAAUGAAAAAAAUGAAGAUGAGAAUGGUUUAAUAGUAUUUGAACCAGUGAAAGAUGACCAAACACUAACAAUUGUUAGUUCAAAUAAAGAUGCAGUUAAUAUUGAUUUUACACCAAAAUUAGGCGGUAGUUACAAUAUAUCAUAUAGUGUCAAAGAUGAACAAGGUCGAUUAGCUAUGAGUUUCUAUGACAACUAUUACAUUUCGGGUGGUUAUGAAAACGAAAUAGAAAAACAAAAAGUUGAUUUUAUUCCAACUGAUACAAUAACAAUUAUUCCAAAUGAAACAAAACAUUAUCAACCAAAUGACAUAUGUGAAUUAUUAAUACUAGCACCAUUUAGUCCUGCUAGUGGUUUAGUUAUAUUAGAUUGUGAUGGUCAAGUUUCACAACCAAUACAAUUUCAGAUAGAAUCUGGUAAAGAUUCAGCAACUGUUGAAUUUAGAAUAUCAAAAGAUUGGAUACCAGGAUUUACAGUUCAUACUGAAUUAACAGGCUCGAUUCCAAGAGAAAUAGAAGUAACUGAUUCACUGCAUCGUCCAGCAAUCGCCACUGGUUCAGUAUCGUUAAAAGUAUCAAGAGAUAUUUAUAAACUAAAUGUUUUAAUAAAUACAAAAGAAACAGAUGAAUCAUUUACACCAUCAUCUAUUAUUCAUAUAGGUGUUGAUGUUACACAACAUGCGAAUAAUGCAGCUAUGGACACGGUAGAAGUGUGUCUAAUUAUUGUUGACGAAGCAAUUUUAUCAUUAACUGGUCAUACACUAUUGAGUCCAUUAGAUAUAUUUUAUCCUGAUCGAUCAACAAAAAUAAUACAAUAUCACGGUAGAAAUCGUUGUUUACUAUUUAAUAUACAAGAUAUAGAAAAAUUUAAGAAAGAUAUGCAAGAAAGGCACGCUCAUUGUAUUAUUGAAGAGAUGGAUAUGGAAUACACUGGGAGUUCGAUGAAAAUGGAAUGCGCUAAAGGGAUGUCUCGCUCUAGACGUGGAGCUGGAGGUGGCGGUGGAGAACAAAAGAUAGCUGUUCGAUCGAACUUCAAUCCAUUAGCACAUUGGAUACCGUCAGCAAUCACCAAUUCAUCAGGACAUGCUACAUUUGAAGUUAAGUUACCUGAUAAUCUAACACGCUACCGUGUAUGGGCAUUAGCAGCUAAUGAUAAACAAUAUGGUUUAGGUGAAACAUCAUUUACUGUACAAUUACCCGUGAUGGUUCGACCAUCACCACCAAGAUUUCUUAAUUAUGGUGAUAAAGCUCAUUUCUCAGUUAUUCUACAAAAUCAAACUGAUCAAUCAUUACCAUUACAUGUUGGUUUAAGAGCAAGUAAUGCCGAAUUAUUAACAUCCGAAACAAAUCAAGAAGGAAUCGGUUAUUCAAUUGUUUUAAAAGCAAGUAAACGAGUUGUUGUUACAUUUUCAGUUUCAACAGUCCAUUCUGGUAUAGCUCGAUUUCAGUUUUUAAUUAGUACUGUUAAUAAUAAAACAUCUGCAUCAU